CCUCUACACAUCUCCAAAAUGCGUCGAAACAUUGCAACAACCAUAGCUUUGGUCGCUUUGGCUAGUGCUCAGGACACCACCUCGAUUGACAUAGAUGCCAUCUCUGUGGCCGUUCCUACAACAGUCUUCAACCUUCCGAUCGUCUAUGUGACCGCAGAGGACGCACCCGCUAUUACUGCAACCACUGUCGCCGUGACUGCGACUGCUUCUUCUGAUCCUCUGGCAACGAAUGUUUUCGACUCGGCUGGCGAUGUCUCUGUCGCUUUGUCGUCUGCUUCUGUACAGGCCACUGCAAGUGCCACUGAUCUUUCAAAGCGUGCAGCUACUUGUGUCCCGCAGCCAUCUGGUAUCUCUUACAAAUCCUCUCCUGACACCGCGGCUGGAUUCGUUGCCGAUACGUACUACUCGGCACAAGCGAGUCUGGCACCUACUCCUUCUGGCUGGGUCCAAUCCUUCUCAGGCUUGAAUGCUUCAAACUCUGCUGAUCAGUAUCUUGGAUUCUCUCUUCUAUCAUCAUACGAUGUGCAGACCUGCACAAACAAGUGCUCUGUUGUCAAAGGCUGCAACUCUGUCAACAUCUACUUCGAAAGAGAUCCAAGCUCGUCCACUGACGGUCCCUCUUGUCUUGACCCUCCCAGUUCCGUCAAUGUUAAAUGUGUGAUGUGGGGUGGUGCUGUGGCUACUGCGAAUGCCAACAACUACGGUCAGAUGCGUGCGAACUUUCAGGUACUCGUCGCUGGCAGCAACGGCUACAUGACGACUGCCUAUGCUGCAGCACUCGCAGCCCAGCCUGAUACUACGCCACCUUCAACUGCCACCGAUGCAUUGGACAACGUAUACAAUAUCUAUGCCGCCUCGGACUUGACUCAAGGUGCUUACACGAACACCGCUGCGUCGAGCUCGUACAAAGACUGCAUGACCGCUUGCGAUGCCGACUCGAAGUGUAAUGCUUUCACCUAUGUUGGCGGUACUAAUGGCAUUGGCUCAGGCACAUGCUGGCUCAAGACGCAAGCAGGAUCCCCUUCCAAGUCUGGUGCCAACGUCGUCUCAGGUGCUAAGAAUGGCAAGGUCACUACCGCAUACACAACCACAGAUCCUGUCUCGUACACAUAUCAUAUUCAAAUCUCCCGCUCCGGAACCAGCGCCGAUGGAAAGUACAUCUUCAUUUCCGGUAAUGGCGGACAGAGUAGCUUGGUCUCCAAUCCAGCCGAUGCUACCAAAUUUGUCGUCGACCAGGCAAAUCAGCACAUGGUUGUCCAGAGCGGUAGUGCCGCUGGCUACGCCUUUGCCCUCGCUCCUACCACAAUCACUUCGCCGUUGUACUUUUGCUCCGCAGGGUGA